AUGACUGGAAUCACUGCAAUGAUCAAAGCGGCCAUUAGAGUGCCACAUAUGGAGGUUAAUAAGAUGAAUUCUGCCCGUGUACUCCAAUGCUUAAGCGGAGAGAAGAGGUCCCUCGGUCUCUAUACGCUUGGCUUCUCCUAUUAUGCGGAGAUGUACCUCGCCUUCGAAGAAGCAUGGAGAGACCUUAGGGACUGGAUUGUCAAAUAUCCCUGCAGCUCAACUAGUCCCACUUACGAAAAGAAAAUCUCAGAUCUCUUAAAGCUUCUUAGCAUGGUCGACCUUUAUCGGACCGAGCGGCUUAUAGAAGAUCUUAAGAGACUACACUCCUCUUACCCCGCCAUGACCAAUCUGACUCCCAAUGAGUCGCACGACAUGCACAUAAAAGACGUCAUCAAAUGCCGUAUAAACGAGAACCCGCAUAAACUGCUCGCGUACGUCUGGGUGCUCUACUCGGCUUUGUUUAACGGCGGCCGAUUUAUUCGCCAAGAGAUACUGAAAGCUGGACCCGAAUUUUGGGGUCUAACCACGGAUGACGAAAUUCAAUCCUUUCCGCCUCCUUUGUCCUUCUGGGCAGUUAAUAAUGACCCGGAGUUCCACGAGACUUUUAAAUCUUGCGUGAACAAGGCCGGUGAGCUUUUGACAUUUGAUGAAAGACAGCAUGUGAUUCAAGAGUCGGUCUGGAUCCUUCACAGGUGCAAGGAACUGACCGAGGAGCUUGAUAAACGAGCAAAAAUAUAUAGAGAUUCUUGA